GGAGGUCCUUGUGCAUGAAGACAGAUUUGUUCUAUGGCCUCGGAGUUGGGUGCCGGGGACGAUGGCAGCUGCACUGAGCUGGCAAAGCCCCUCUAUCUUCAGUACCUGGAGAGGGCCUUGCGGUUGGACCAUUUUCUGCGACAAACAUCGGCCAUCUUCAACAGGAAUAUUUCUAGUGAUGACAGUGAAGAUGGACUGGAUGACAAUAAUCCCUUAUUGCCCGAGUCUGGGGAUCCCUUAAUACAAGUAAAAGAAGAACCUCCAAAUUCAUUGCUGGGUGAAACUUCUGGGGCAAGCAAUUCUGGAUUAUUGAACCCAUACUCACUGAAUGGAGUUCUGCAGUCAGAAUCAAAAUCUGACAAGGGGAAUUUAUAUAACUUCUCUAAGUUGAAGAAAAGCAGAAAGUGGCUAAAGAGUAUUCUUUUAAGUGAUGAGUCCAGUGAGGCAGAUUCUCAGAGUGAAGACAAUGACGAUGAAGAAGAAGAACUCAAUCUCAGCCGAGAAGAACUUCACAACAUGCUUCGAUUACACAAAUAUAAGAAACUUCACCAAAAUAAAUAUAGUAAAGAUAAGGAGUUGCAGCAGUACCAGUACUACAGUGCAGGCCUGCUCUCCACGUACGACCCUUUCUAUGAGCAGCAGCGUCACUUACUUGGACCCAAAAAAAAGAAAUUCAAGGAAGACAAGAAGCUUAAAGCUAAGUUGAAAAAAGUGAAGAAAAAAAGACGACGAGAUGAAGAGCUUUCCUCUGAAGAAUCUCCACGUCACCACCAUCACCAGACCAAAGUCUUUGCUAAGUUUUCUCAUGAUGCACCUCCCCCUGGCACCAAGAAGAAACACUUAUCCAUUGAGCAGCUUAACGCUCGCCGCAGGAAAGUAUGGCUCAGCAUCGUGAAGAAGGAGCUACCAAAGGCCAACAAGCAGAAGUCUUCAGCUCGAAACCUCUUUCUCACCAAUAGCCGAAAGCUCGCCCACCAGUGCAUGAAGGAGGUGCGUCGAGCUGCCUUGCAAGCACAGAAGAACUGUAAGGAGACUUUGCCUCGUGCUCGCCGCCUAACCAAGGAGAUGCUUCUGUACUGGAAGAAGUAUGAGAAGGUGGAGAAAGAGCACCGCAAGCGAGCAGAGAAGGAAGCUUUGGAGCAGCGGAAGUUGGAUGAGGAAAUGCGGGAGGCCAAGAGGCAGCAGCGAAAACUGAACUUCUUAAUCACUCAGACAGAGCUGUAUGCUCAUUUCAUGAGUCGAAAACGUGAUAUGGGUCACGAUGGAAUCCAGGAAGAAAUCCUAAGGAAGCUGGAAGAUAGUUCUACCCAGAGACAAAUUGACAUUGGUGGUGGAGUGGUGGUUAACAUCACCCAGGAAGACUAUGAUAGUAACCAUUUUAAAGCCCAAGCCCUGAAGAAUGCUGAAAAUGCUUACCAUAUUCACCAAGCUCGAACAAGGUCAUUUGAUGAAGAUGCAAAAGAAAGUCGAGCAGCUGCCCUCAGGGCAGCAGACAAGUCUGUCUCUGGGUUUGGGGAGAGCUACAGCCUUGCAAAUCCAUCCAUCCGGGCUGGCGAGGAUAUUCCACAACCCACUAUUUUCAGUGGCAAAUUGAAAGGUUACCAGCUGAAAGGCAUGAACUGGUUAGCCAAUCUCUAUGAACAGGGUAUUAAUGGAAUUCUUGCUGAUGAAAUGGGUCUUGGUAAAACUGUACAGAGCAUUGCCCUCCUGGCCCAUCUGGCUGAGAGAGAAAACAUUUGGGGACCUUUCUUAAUAAUUUCACCUGCUUCUACACUUAAUAAUUGGCACCAGGAGUUCACAAGAUUUGUUCCUAAAUUUAAGGUGCUACCAUAUUGGGGAAAUCCUCAUGAUAGAAAAGUCAUCCGGAGAUUCUGGAGUCAGAAGACCUUGUAUACUCAGGAUGCCCCCUUCCAUGUGGUCAUCACUAGCUACCAGCUGGUAGUACAGGAUGUCAAGUAUUUCCAGCGGGUCAAAUGGCAGUACAUGGUACUGGAUGAAGCUCAGGCGCUGAAGAGUAGUUCCAGUGUUCGUUGGAAGAUUCUCUUACAAUUCCAGUGUCGGAAUCGGCUUUUGUUAACUGGAACCCCCAUUCAGAAUACCAUGGCAGAGCUCUGGGCUCUGCUGCAUUUCAUUAUGCCAACAUUAUUUGAUUCACACGAAGAAUUUAAUGAAUGGUUUUCCAAGGACAUUGAAAGUCAUGCUGAAAACAAAUCUGCUAUUGAUGAGAAUCAACUCUCUCGCUUACACAUGAUCCUGAAACCAUUUAUGCUGAGAAGAAUCAAAAAAGAUGUAGAAAAUGAAUUGUCUGACAAGAUUGAGAUUCUAAUGUACUGCCAAUUGACCAGCCGACAAAAGCUCUUAUAUCAGGCACUGAAGAAUAAAAUUUCCAUUGAGGACUUACUGCAGUCUUCUAUGGGCUCUACUCAGCAAGCACAGACCACCACCAGCAGCCUCAUGAAUCUUGUCAUGCAGUUCAGGAAGGUGUGUAACCACCCAGAGUUAUUUGAACGGCAAGAAACUUGGUCUCCAUUUCAUAUUUCCCUAAAGCCAUAUGAAAUUUCUAAGUUUAUCUAUCGUCAUGGACAGAUCAGGGUCUUCAACCAUUCACGAGAUAGGUGGUUAAAGGUUCUUCUUUCUCCAUUUGCACCAGACUAUAUCCAGCAGUCUCUCUUCCACAGAAAAGGUAUUAAUGAAGGAAGCUGUUUUUCUUUCCUUCGAUUUAUUGAUGUCUCGCCAGCAGAAAUGGCAAACCUCAUGCUUCAGGGACUUUUGGCCAGGUGGUUAGCGCUUUUCCUGUCGCUGAAAGCCUCCUAUAGGCUCCAUCAGCUGCGCUCUUGGGGAGAGCCAGACAGGGAGAACCAUCAGAGAUACCUGAGAAAUAAGGAUUUUCUUCUUGGAGUUGAUUUUCCACUUUCCUUCCCUAACCUUUGCAGCUGCCCUUUGUUAAAGGUAAGGAGUUAUCUGUGCUUAAAUUAUCUACUUAGUACCCUCACUUCUUUUUUCUUUGCAUUAGUAAGAAUAAAUGGUGUUCUCAAGAACCCCAAUGUUCACCCAGGCAGUGAUGGCACACACCUUUAAUCCCAGCACUCUGGUGGCAGAGGCAGGCAGAUCUCCCUGAGUUCAAGGCCAGCCUGGUCUA